AUGGCUAAACCGAAAAACGGAUACGAGGAAGGACCUACGCCGUCGAAAGCAGCGGCAGCGGCCAGUGAAAUCGUUAAGAAACAUCUGAUAGUGGCACUCACUGACCGUAGUGACAAGCUGGGACGAAUGUCGCAGGAACGGUGGAAGGUAACGCAAAUGAAGCUACUGGAAACUCUAUUUACGAAAAUGGACGCAGAGCCGAACGCACACAUACCAGCAUUUGACGGAGCAGGGUGGUUCAGCGGCGUCAAAAUUAUUAAAUACGAUCUGACAGUGGUGGCGCUGGAAGGCUGCAAGAAUGAGACGUUACUCUUUGGGUCUUUCUAUAUGCCACAUGAUGAAGAAGCACCACAGAUAGAACUUCGAAAGCUGGUAGAAACAGCUGCCAGAAAGAAGCACGCUCUAGUGGUAGGAACUGACGCUAACGCACAUCACACGGUCUGGGGUAGUGCAGACAUAAACACCCGAGUGUUAGCCAUCUACCGAUUGCCACAAAUGUUAUCGGAAAUGUCGUCACAACUCUCAUCGCAGAUGUCACAAACUUCAGCGGCGCUGUCGUCGCAGAUAAAUUACGCAGCUACAAAAACGAGAUACAUGACUUAUAUACCCAAGUUGGAAGCAGCGAACACACAUUCAUAUGUACAUAUAACGUCGCAAUUGGCGAUUGAGGCUCAAGUAGAUGCAGUGAAAACUCGCAUCUGUGAACUACAACUAAAUCAUCCGAAUAUGUUAACCAGUCUCAAGAGUUCCACCGCCGAAGUACUGCAGACUUCUGGAACUGCCCGUCGUGGUACCUAUGACAGUCUGAUGGUAAAAGAAUUUAUGGAAAAAAACGGAAUUGUCCAAUUGGAAUGGCCGGGUAACAGUCCCGACCUAAACCCAAUUGAGAACCUCUGGGCCAUUGUAAAGAAGCAGGCAGCUGAAAAAAAGCCGAAGAACAAAACUGACCUGGAUAACAUUAUAAUGGACACUUGGCACAACGAUAUUUCGGAGGAAUUGUUGCAAACCCUGGUUACAUCAAUGCCGAGACGUAUUAAAGCGCCAACUCGUUUAAUUUCACCAGCAAGUAUUCUUCGCAGACGUCGGGGAAAUAGUUUUGAAAUGGCUACUCUGCUCUGCAGCAUGCUGAUCGGCGCAGGAUAUUCGGCCAUGGUAGUAUCUGGAGUCGCACGUGCAGAGACAGUUUUAAAUGAUCAAAGUAAUGUACCAUUUCCACAUCAAAUCAGGGAGGUAAAGACGGAAGAGGAGGAGAAGGGCAAGCAUGUAACAGGUCAAAAAUAUAAAUUACGUACGUUGCCUGAUUUAGAAAGUCAUCUAGAAGAAAACAUGGCAGAGAUGAUGAGACAAAAAGAAGACGACGAAAGGCGGAUACGAGAGGAAACAGAACGUUUGGAGUUGGAGGAAAUGGAAUUGGUUGCUGUAGAUAGAUACCAUUUUAGGCGUACACACGCCUGGGUUGUAAUUGUCGAUAAUGCGUUAUGGAGCAUUAAGCCAAAGAAAACUUAUCUGAAUGACGAAGGUGAUGAAGUACCCGAGACACCAAAGACGCGGUUUAUUGAGGCAUCGACAGGCUUUAUUUGUGAAAAUCAUUGUAAGCAGUAUAUAAUUAUUGAUAGCGUAUGGGAUCAUCAAAAUUAUUAUGUGAAUAUGCAAAAGUAUCAAAGAGUUGGUGAAAUACGCUGGAAUCUACAAGAUAACAAUGAUUGGGAGCACCUCUUGCCAGGAGAGCCCCCCGAAAUGCGAAUAUACACUGUAGGAUCUGAUGAAAAUUUCACAGAAAGUAAACGAUCACUAGGAGAAGAGAAGCAUCUAGACACAAUACGGUCAUGGGUCAUUAAACUACAUAUUGGUCUUAAGGAAUUUGUAGAAAGGUUUCCCAACCUAGAAAAAACCAUUCAUUAUGCUGGUGCUGUUCAUGAUCGUUUUUCACCUUACUCCCAACGUGAUGGCAAAGCUGCUCGGUUAACACUGUAUAAAGAUAAGGAGUAUAAAGAGCAAACAAUACGGUGGGAACAUUAUGAAAAUAGAGGAGAUUUGUUACAACAAAUUAAAUAUUUUUACGAUACUGGGAAAAUUGAAGAAAUAUUUUUUAAAGGACGGAAUGACAGUCUCAGAUUUAUGGAAUACAACAGUGAUCCAAAUGAGCCAAAGAUCCUACACUUUUAUCCAGCUACCAGAGUUGAUUCGUUGAAAAACCUCUCAGUAAACAAUGAAAAAAUUGUUUUAAAUUAUAGCGAUCGUGCAGACCGGUGUAUCUUCCAAGAGUUCGAAUUUAAGCCAGGGGGCCAAGUUUUAAAGAAAACAAUUGAAAAAUUUCAGCGCCAAACUAAUGGAAAUAUACCAGCAUACAAAGAUAUUGCAGUGCGAACAAUCCUCUUUUCCCAACGUAAAAUAGUAUUGAAAUUCCAUUAUGCUCGGGGAGCCCUAACAUCGUCAACAUUAGAGUUUAUCAAACCACCGAAACCAAACUACGGCCAAGAAAUCAAAUUUGAUCCUCUGCUUACCAAAUCUUACAAAGCCAACGUUUCAGAUCCUGAUCCAACGACUUUAGAAUUGUAUAAGCUUUUGUUGAAAGAACUUCAACACGAAGAGAAAAUCAAAAAGCAAUUUGAAAAGCUUGUGGAAGAAAUUCACGGAAUUUUCGAUCUGCGCCGGCAAGAAAUUAAAAACCCUAUUCUCAAAUUCAAUAUGUUUGAUCCUUUGCACAACGGAGCCGCUAAAGCUUUACGAAUGAAACAGGCUGCUGAAGAAGAAAUGUUCAAAUUGGACUUGGCAACAAAACCAGCUGAUUUUCUGGCACCCUAUUUGGUACCAUAUAAAAACCGGCCUUUAUCAUUCGAGGAAUCAUGGGCCGCUUACAACGCAUGCUUAAACGACCUUAAAAGUCGGUUUGUGAGAUUAUUGAAUGAACUUCAACGUCAGUACGAAGAUCUUACUACUGAAGCCAAAUCACUGAACCGAUUUCUAAAUAAAUUUGAGGACCAAUUUGACAACCAUAACUAUGAAUCACUUGUAGAACAAGCCAAUACGAUCGCUUCACAUAAGCGAAUGGUCCAACAGCGUUUAACUUUGACGCAUGAGGAAUCACAAAAGAAAUACGAAACCGUGAAAAACUCUCUUAUGAGAGAUGUACGACUACAAUUAAAACCUACACCUGUAGAAGAGAGUAAUUAAAUUCAUAUAUUAUAUUUAAAAAUGUUGCCAGAACUAGUCAAUAUUACCGCAAGUAAUGAUAAUACAUCCACAAAAAAUUUAGUUUCGCCAUGGGUGUCUGACUAUGUAAACUGUAUGUUUUUGGGGUCAUUGAGUCCAAAUCUCAGGUCGGUUAAAUCUGUGUAUGAUUAGUAGGACAGUCAGCAUUAGUAUUACUCAAUUUACACUUCGGGGAGUUUUCGUGAACAAGUUUUAUACGUCACAUAGCCCUUAUAAAGGCGGUUUUAGCUGAUUAACUUUGAAAAAAGGAUAUUUCUAUAUUAUAGAACGAUAUAUACGUACUUAUAUAUUUAUAUAUAUGUAAUAAAUCUUAAACUGAAUCUUAAAAACUAAACUUGAAAAAGAAAAACAGUAUCCAGUGUGUACAAUAAGUAGGUAUGAAUGUGGAUA